GUGUAACCUUGUCUAUGCGUGUAACGCUAAUGCUUCUACGGUGUGACAAGUGUGUUGGUUUAUUUUAUUUUUUGUUUCCCUAGUGUUUGCGAUCGGCCAGUACGCCAUAAUUAAACAAAAAUUAGUGCAAUGGAAUAAAAUACUCAAUUUGACGCUUUAAAUAUCAUAUCGGAUCGUGAUAAUAAUUUAAUGAUUUCCAAAUGAGUUCUAAAUUAGACGUAAACAGGCGAGUAUUGGCCAUACAAGCGAAGAAGAAACGACACAAGCCAGGUAAAAAGAAAGGCAAAAAUGACGAGCAGAACGGCCAAACUGUUGGAAACCGUAACAAUAGUCGACUGGAACUAUCUCACAGUUCAAGUAAUGAAACUGUAGAAGAUGCGUGUGAAGCGUAUUCCAGUGAGGAGGAGGAACAAGAGGAUAGUGCCGAUUAUCGAAAAGGAGGUUAUCAUCCUGUAAGAAUUGGAGAUCUGUUCUUGGGUCGGUAUCAUGUCACACGAAAACUUGGUUGGGGUCAUUUUUCGACCGUUUGGUUAUGUUGGGAUUUGGAAGACAAACGCUUUGUGGCCCUUAAAGUUGUUAAAUCUGCAGGACAUUUUACAGAAACUGCCCUGGACGAAAUUAAGAUACUUAAAGCAGUGCGCGAAUCUGAUCCAUCAGAUCCAAAGCGAAAUAAGACUGUACAAUUGUUAAAUGAUUUUAAAAUAAGUGGUGUCAACGGUGUUCAUGUUUGCAUGGUCUUUGAAGUCUUAGGUCACAACCUGCUUAAACUUAUCAUCAAAUCAAAUUAUAGAGGCAUUCCUUUAGCAAAUGUGAGGACAAUAAUGAGGCAAGUACUUGAAGGUCUUGACUAUCUGCACACCAAAUGCAAGAUCAUUCACACAGACAUCAAACCAGAAAACGUGCUGAUAUGUGUGAGUGAAGAAUACAUUCGAAAAUUAGCAUGUGAGGCUGCUGAAAUGCAUCAAUUAGGUUUAAAACUCCCUACCUCACUUAUCAGUACUGCACCACAACAAGAGAUUCAACAGAUAGGAAAAAUGAGCAAGAACAAGAAAAAAAAGUUAAAGAAAAAGGCUAAAAGGCAGAAUGAACUGCUUAAAAAACAGAUGGAACAAAUUGUUGAAAUUGAAGAGCAAAAAAGGAUCAAAGAAAUCCAAAAAGUGAAUGGUGAUGUUGCUCCUGAAGAGAAUGGAAACAGUUCAAUACCUGAAAAUGGAGAAGAAAAAAAAAUACUUAAUGGGUGUGUGGGUGAUUUAGCUGGAGGAGAAGCUGUUGAGGGAAAAGAGUGUGAAAUAAGUACAAAUUCUCCUGUUGAAGGUGCAGGAGAAGUAAUAACACCCAUGUCAGAAGAUGAUUCCAACUCCUUGUCAUCCAAACGAAGAAGCAAAGUCGAAUCAGAUCCUGCCUUUAAAGAAUGUGACUUUGAUGUUAAAAUUGCUGAUUUAGGAAACGCCUGCUGGGUAGACAAGCAUUUCACCGAAGAUAUCCAGACUCGGCAAUAUCGUUCCCUGGAGGUUCUUCUCGGUGCAGGUUAUAACACAUCCGCAGACAUUUGGAGUACCGCAUGUAUGGCCUUUGAAUUGGCCACCGGUGAUUAUCUGUUCGAGCCCCAUUCAGGCGCUGGAUACUGUCGUGAUGAGGACCAUCUGGCUCAUAUAAUAGAACUCCUGGGGGACAUACCCCGUCGCAUAAUCGCCAUGGGUAAACAUUCGCGUCUCUUUUUCAAUAAGCGAAACGAAUUAAGGCACAUAACCGGCCUGAAGCCGUGGGGUCUUGAGGCAGUGCUCAUGGAGAAAUACGAAUGGAAUCAGAAGGAUGCCAUCGAGUUUGCAUCGUUCCUUAAACCGAUGCUGGACUUUGAUCUGGACAAGAGAGCCACUGCCGCGCAAUGCCUCCAACACGCCUGGUUGAAAGGUGGAGAAGGAGGAGAAGAGACGGAUUUAGGAGUAGAAGCGAGAGAUGACGACGACGAAGAUGAAGAAGACCCCGUAGACAACUAAACAACUAACUCCUAUUUCGCUCUCUGUCUUUAUUAAUGAUUAUUAUUAUUAGUUUGUUCUUUAAAAAGGUCCUCCAUCCAUUCAAAAACAAAACUCUGCAAGUACUUUGGUCCGUUGAUUGUUUCUAUUCUCUUUUUAAUGUUUUUAUUUUUAUCCAGCGGCCCCAUUCCGUUCAUAAAUGCUAUAAUUAUUAUUAAUAUUAUUAUUAUGGUUAUUACUAUUAAGCGACAGGUCGAUUCGCCGGGAACGAAGUUAAAAGGCAACUUGUGAACAUUAAUUUUUUAAAUUUCCGUACUGUUUUUCAUUAUUCAACAUUUAAAGAAAUGUUCCAAACUUGGUGAACGCCCUAAAUAAUUAAUCGAAAAGAAAUAGCAUAACAAAUGCAGAUUAGGUUUCGAGUAAAACGUUAGUUUUUAGAUUUUUUUUUUUUCGUUUUUACAGUUGAUCGCCUUUUUUGAACGAUUCCGAGAAAGACCCAGGACGUUUUAUUUAUUCUUCAUGAUAUUCUUAUUUUUUUAUAAAUGUAUUUUUUGCAGCUAAUAUUUCCUUUAAAUUCUGAGGAGUAUCUGUCCUUAUAUUGUUUUUUUACAGUGUAAUUGCUUUUAUUAAAGUUCCUUUUAUUAUUAUUAUUAUCAUUAAAUUCAAAGUUAAAUAUCUCAUUUUUUUUUAAUUAACCCCCUGUACGCAGUGCUACAGGGUGUUUAAAUUGAUGCUGGAGGAUGGAACAUUAAUAACUUUUUUUUUUUCAAGAGUCAAUUUAAUAUCGUUUUCGGCGACUUGUCUUGCCCCCCCCCCUCGCCGUCUGUUGUAUAUAAAUUUAAGGAAUAGAAAAUUGUGAUGUAGGUGUUGUAUAGCCAAAAUGGAGAGUAAAAAAAUAAUUUACCCGGUCGUAGCAAGAGUCUCAGCACCAGUGAGCUCCAACGCUUUUUUGGACAAAGUGUUAUUUAUUUAUUUAUUAAAAUAUAAUAAUGCGAUGA